AAAUGGUUAGAGUCUCGGUUCAGCAUCCAGGACAAUCCCGACUCCGACAUAAAUAUUUUGUUAAAAUGUCGAAUGAACACAUGGAAGAUGUAGAUCAAGAAAUGUAUAUCAGAGAUAGAGAAUUGGAUGAAACAGAAUCAGCUACACCGAGUGUAAAUCCAUUAGGUAACCAACCUAAUAUAGAACGGGAAAAUGUUAGAGACAGAGAUGACUCCCAUUUACUGAGAAUUAUAGCCGAUGCUUUGCAACGAGUAGCGGGAACUGUACCUACUACGACAUCUACUCCUACUACUAGACGGGCCCCAAUCAAAGAAUUACGAAAAUACGGUGCUACUGAAUUUUUGGGUUUGAAGGGAAUUGAUCCAUCCACUGCAGAAAAUUAGAUGGAAUCAACUAAACGAGUUCUGCAGCAAUUAGAAUGUACCCCCCGAGAGAGCUUGAUCUGUGCUGUUUCUCUACUGCAAGGAGAAGCCUAUUUGUGGUGGGAAUCUGUAAUACGACAUCUACCUACAGAACAGGUGACAUGGGAUUUAUUUCAAAAAGAAUUUCAGAAGAAAUAUGUUGGGGAGCUGUAUAUUGAAGAUAAGAGGCAGGAGUUUUUGAUGUUGAAACAAGGUAACCUGUCUGUUGUAGAUUAUGAACGUGAAUUUUCCAGACUCAGCCGAUAUGCUUCUGAGUUUAUACCGACAGAGGCUGAUAGUUGUAAAAGGUUUCUUCGAGGUUUGAGAGAUGAGAUCAGGGUACAGCUGGUGUCACAUCGAAUUACAGAAUUUGUAGAUUUAGUAGAGAGAGCGAAGAUGGUUGAGCAGGUGUUGGGUUUGGAUAAAAAGCCUGAGAUAGCUAGAUCGACUGGGAAACGAGCUGGCAUUACUAUUUCAAGUCCUUUACCGAAAAGAUCCCGAGAAUUCAGAGACAGUUGGAAGUCAAGUUUCAGAUCAGAUCGAGGAGAUA